AUGCUUCUUCCUAGGGCGACCCCGCUGUCAAUAGCCGUCCAUUUUCUCUGUAUCUUGGCUCUAGCACAAGGCCUACUCACUGGACCUUCACCAGAAGCCUCAGCAGCUUGUCAAAACAUCUCGCAAGGGUCCGCGGAAACCCAAAUCUAUCCCCAGGCGUUGGCUGAUCCAGAUUAUCUCACCGCCAAGAAUCAUUAUUGGGAUGCUGCGAAUGCGGAUUUGACUCCCGCUUGUGUUGUCUUCCCCACGUCAGCCGAACAGGUCUCUUACGUUGUCUCAGUUCUAUUAAGCUUUCCAACAGUUCCUUUUGCUGUUAAAAGUGGCGGGCAUAACACCAACGUGGGGUUUUCGAGCGUCGACUUUGGGGUGUUGAUAUCCUUCAGUCAGCUGAACUCUACUAUCCUUUCUUCAGACCAGGCAACGGCCGAGGUUGGAUCAGGAGCACGCUGGGAGAAUGCCAUAUCUGCUCUGGAACCCUAUAAUCUAGCUGUCGUUGGUGGCCGUAUAGGCGACGUUGGGGUUGGUGGUUUGCUUCUUGGGGGUGGCUUGAGUUUCUUAAGCGCUCAGUAUGGGCUUGGUUGUGACAAUGUAGUGAACUACGAAGUUGUUCUUGCCAAUUCUACAAUUGUGAAUGCAAAUGAGCAUAGGAAUACGGAUCUGUUCUGGGCUCUGAAAGGUGGUGGUAACCAAUUUGGUAUUGUGACUAAAUUUACUCUGAAAACUUAUCCCAUAGGAACUGAUGGACAGGUUUGGGCUGGAACGCGCAUAUACGACGCGACCAAGCUAUCGGCGGUUCUGAACGCCACUCAGCAUUUUAUCGAGUAUAACGACGAUCCGAAAGCAGCAGUUAUUGUUACGCUAGAUAUUGCCGUUGACACGCUUGUUCAGGUGGCAGUCGUCUUCUUUUUCUACGAUGGAGAGACUCCCCAAGGCGGAGUGUUUGACGAGUUCAAUGCCCUUAUUCCUACCUCUGAUCAAGUCACGACCCAGACUUACUCUGACUUUGAGUCAGGAAAUGAUGAAUAUAGCCUUUACGGUCUCAGAUAUCUAUACCGAACAACAACGAUUCCCAACCUGCCCGGGAUAAAUGGCACGGAUCUAUACAACACUGUCUACAGCAAAUUUGUUGACUACGUUAUCACCAACGACCUCCUCUUCCCCGGAUUCGUCUUUUCCCUCGCCUAUCAGCCUCUACAAACCCUGCUAUCUGCAGCUUCCGUCGCCUCUGGCGGCGAUGCUAUUCAAUUAGACCCCAGGAACGGCGAUCGAGUAUGGAUAGAUCUAGUUAUAUCCUGGGAAACAGCUGUCGGCGAUGACAUUGCGGCUUCAGCUGCCGAGCAGAUAACAAGUGACAUUGAUAGUUACGUGCGGACCACUUACGCCGGAGUCCCCAAUACUCGCUAUGUUGAGGGCAAUUUGACUUACGAGGAGUACAACCCGCUUUUCCUGAACGAUGCUAUGUAUGACCAAAAGCCUGCACAGAGUUAUGGGAAUAAUUCGUAUGAGAGGUUGAGGGCAAUUCAGAAGAACGUCGAUCCGAAUGGGUUCUUUCCGACGAGAACGGGUGGCUUCAAGUAUACUUGA